UCCGCGACCGGGUUGUGUAAAUGAUGGCGCGGCCGGCAGAUCAGCAAUUGCUGGUGUUUGCAAUUACUUUGUUUCUCUGCCUGUCCGUGGAAGCUUUCCAUUACAAAGGAGGAAGCAUUAGUUGGAGAAUUGCUGGGUACAAUGCUGAACAGACUGAAGUAGACGUAGUAAUCUCUCACCGAGUGUCAUGGCAAGAUUCAAGUUCAGACAGCGUUCGUUGCACACAAGACAGAGUUGAUACCAAAGCCCGCUAUGGUGGAGGUGUUAUGACCUGUCAAGGUUCUGGUACUGUUGAGUGUCCAGAAACCACCUUGGCUGGUGGUAGAGAUUUUGUUUGUACAGAUUAUAAUGUUGGUGCAGUAUGGAGCUCUGGUGUCAACAGUAUAACCCAACGCUUCCCUGUGCCAGGCACAGCCAGUGAUUCGUACUUUGUGGGGUAUCAGGGAUGCUGUUGGGCAGAUGAUAUAACGGGAGGAAACUAUGGUCUCAUGACUGCCAUCAAUCUUUCACCACGGUUGGACAAUGGACUGUUGAACUCCUCACCCAAAACAACAAUGUUCCCAGUUGUCCGAAUACAGCGUGGAUGUACAGAAAACAUCAGAAUCCCAAUGUUAGAUGCCGAUAGAGAUUAUGUGUCAUGUCACUUAGCAACCAAUCCGGAUGACAUUGCAGACUCAUGUCACUCACUGUGUGAUUUUCGUGUGCCAAAUAUUGAGCUGAAUCCAGACAAUGCUAUGGGUUGCAUUCUGCAGGUGACUGCUUCUGGUUCCAGAUCACAAUAUGCUGUUGCCUUGGUGGUACAGGACAGACAAUUGCCUUCUUCGAACCCCUUGAGCAGUGUUCCCCUCCAGUUUGUGCUGGAGUACUAUGGAACUGAUAAUGAACAAUGUGCACCUAGACCAACCUUUGUACCUGACACCCCAGAAUAUGGUAUCGUUGUAGUUGCCCAACCAACAGAAGCUGGUAUGUCUGGAAGUAUAACUAUCGUUGUUCGAAGUUCUGCUGAUGGGGAGUCCAUUACUGACAUUGUGACGCUCUCUCCACUCAACACAAGAAAGACAGAAUUGACCACAAUAAACGAUAGAGAGGCUUCAAUUGAAGUUACCUUUAUACAGGGAGCUGAGCAACCCGGUAGCCAUUCCAUGUGCUUCUAUGGUAACCAGACCAAUGGAAUCUCCUCUGAAAUUCGUUGCAUUACUGUGGCAUUUGAUGUGACUGCACCACAGAUCGUUUUGGAUGCAGUUUUUCCAAAUGUCGGUGAAGCAGUCGAUCCAAAUUUCGAGUUUUUUCAGAUCGUGUUUAAUCAAGAGGUGAAAAGGCCUUUGCAGGAUCGCUUUAUAUCUCUCUUCAAUUCCAUUGACGAUAGUAAUCCUGUUCAAGUCUUCAAUACAUUUGAAUCAGAACUGCUGGUAUUUCCUGAGAGGAACAGUGGCAGUGGUACAAUACCUAUGAAUGUCAAUACACCAUUGGAUCCAGGAGAGUAUUACUUUGUUGCAGAUGAAGGGGCUGUUGUUGGAUCAGCUAUUGGUGGUCUAGAUUCAGAGGCACUUGCAUCAAAUGUUUGGCAUUUUAGCGUCACUGGUAUUCCUCCUGACCCAUGUCUAACCCCUGAACUGUGCCAAAAUGGUGGAACCUGUGAUCCAUUACCAGAAAACAGUGGCUUCACCUGCUUAUGCUCUACUGACUUCAAAGGAGCCAAUUGUGAAAACCAAAAUCCAUGUAGUGUUUCAGCAGAUGUUUGUCAAAACGAUGGAGUAUGUGAACCGAAUGGUGAUUUCACUGACUAUUCUUGCGAUUGCCUUCCAAACUUUGUGGGUGAAAGCUGUGAAAAUGGGAACCCAUGUUUGUCUGCACCAUGUCUAAAUGAAGCAGUAUGCACCCCAUCGCUUGCAAACACUGAGUAUACCUGUAGCUGUGCUAGUGGAUUCAUGGGCACACACUGUGAAAAUGAGGAUCCAUGUCUGGCUUCACCGAGUGUUUGUCAAAACAAUGGAGUGUGUGCGCCUAUAAGUGAAAAUACAGACUUUCAGUGUACAUGUGUAGGUGCAUUCAUUGGCAAAGACUGCUCAGAUCCACUUCCAAUUGAUCCCUGUUCUGUUCCUAUGCUCUGCGAAAACGGUGCAACAUGUCAUACACUGCCAGGCGAAUAUAACUACACAUGUGAAUGUGCAGAGGGAUUUAUGGGUCGGAACUGCAGAGACGAAUUUGAAUGUCCUGAUUCUGCUAGUUACUCAUCAUGCAUAGCUCCAUGUGGUCCUACAUGUUAUGACCCGAUUGGUGGGUCAGGGGAGAAUUGUACAGAUCCUUGCACUGAGGGUUGUGUUUGCAAUGAGGGAUACCUUCUGGAGGAUGACCUUUGCAUACCAGCUUCUGAAUGUGGGUGUUUGUGGACUGAACAGUAUAUUCAGCUUCACGGUGUGGUUGUGAAUCACAACUGCACAGAGAGAUGUUCAUGUGUUUCUAAUGGCACAUUAGAGUGUGUGAGCAUUGAAUGUGCUGAUGAUGCUACAUGUGCCAUGAGAGAUGACCACCAUUACACCUGUAUGUGUAAUGAGGGUUUUGAAGGCAAUGGUAUGGAGUGUCAACCAGGAACUAGAUUUGAUGAACAGGAAACCUGCACCACACCAGAGUGUAAAAGAGGUUGUUUCAGCUCCCCAAACUACCCUGAAAAUUACAGACAGCGCUGGACUAAACAGUACAUUGUAAAUGUACCUGGGGCUAUGUACUACACAGUCAAAUGUGAUGAGAUCUUCCACAUUGAAGAGAUCCGAGAUGCUUUGUAUGUUGGACCUGAAAAUCCACCUCCCUCAAACACCUUGCCUAUUGAUCCUGAGGAGCCAAUACUCCUGUUUUAUGGUGAAACACCUCCUGAUAGAUUCUUAGUUGACAGUGGUGAAAUGUGGAUGUACUUCAUUACUGACAGGUUGGAAGAGCAUGAAGGCUGGAGAUGCUGCUGGAUUGCUGAUGAUCCAUGUUGGGAAGACCCAUGUAUGAAUGAUGGGCAAUGUGAAGGACAUGAUGAUGGAUCCUACUCUUGUGUGUGUGUCGGAGGCUGGAGGGGUCAAAACUGUGAACUGGGCCUUGCUCACUGCAGUGCCCAUGGUGAUCCUCAUUAUUCUUCCUUUGAUGGUAAACGGUAUGAUUUCCAAGGAGCAUGCAAGUACUACCUGUUGAAAUACUGUGGAGAAGAUGAUGAGGUAUCUUUUGAUAUCAUUCAAGAGAACGAACCUCCUUCAAAUAAUGCUCAUGUGACUAUCACUAAAGAAAUCACCAUUAGGAUCUUUGGAAUGGAAAUUGGAAUGAAUCGUGAGAUGUCACUGACUAUUGAUGGUUUACAGCUCUAUCUGCCUGUGAUUCGACCAGGCGUUCACAUCACCUUCAGGGGCAAUAGUAUUGUUGCACAAUUCAAUAACACCUUGGAGGUGGAAUGGACUGGAAACGGUGUUGAUGUAGAGCUGUCUUAUGAGUAUUCUAAUCAGACUUGUGGUCUAUGUGGUAAUAUGGACAUGGAUGAUGACAAUGACUUCAAAACACCAGACAAUGAAGAGGCCGAAAAUGCAGCUGAAUUUGGAAACAGCUGGAAGUACAAUGACUGUAAUCGUGAUGAUGAUCCAGAACGGCCUCAUCCAUGUGAAGGACUUCCUUUUGCAUUAGAUGAUGCCAGUUUCUUCUGCAGUGUGAUUAAACGAUCCAAUGGUCCGUUCCGCAAUUGUCAUGGGAAGUUUGAUCCAGAACCAUUUUACCAAGAUUGUGUGUAUGAUAGUUGUGCUACACAUCCACAAUUAGAUGCCUGCAGCAAUAUUGCCAGCUAUGCUGCUGUUUGUAAGUCCAAUGCCAUUGAAGUUGGAACUUGGAGGACUGAGGAAUUUUGUUCUCUACGCUGCCCUGAACAUUCUUCCUACAACCCCUGUAUGACUGCUUGCCCAUUGAUGUGUGGUGAACCGGAACAACGACAGGAUGAUUUUAGGUGUCCAUUUCCAUGCGUAGAAGGUUGUGAAUGUGAUGAUGGACAUGUACUUGAUGGUAACCAGAGAUGUGUUCCGGAGAACGGAUGUGGAUGCGUCAGUCAAGGAGUAUACCACAGGGCCUCUGAGUUUUUCUAUACUACUGACUGCGCCUUUGAAUGUGAAUGUUUAAGCAAUACAGCAACGUGUGUGAGCUCAUCCUGUCAUGCUGAAAGUUUCUGUGGUGUAGCAGAUAACCAUUAUGGAUGUCAUUGUAAUGUUGGAUACAUAGGUGAUGGCAAAGACUGUACAGUUGAUCCAUGUGCCUCAAGUCCUUGUAACCACGGGCUAUGUGUUUUAGAUGAAUCACACUCUGGUGGAUUUUACUGUCGAUGCUUGAGAGGGACUCAGGGAAGAUUCUGUGAUGAAGGGAGAGGCCAUUGCUAUGCAUAUGGAGAUCCUCAUUAUGAAACCUUUGAUGGGAAAAAGUAUGAUUUCCAAGGCGACUGUAAGUAUGUCAUGUUGCAACCUUGUGAUCCAACUGUUGUAACACCAUUCAAAGUCAUCGUAGAUAAUGAGAUUGUACGAAGAGGUCGAAAGGGUGCAUCUUCUACAGCAGCUGUCUAUGUAUAUGUGUAUGACUGGGUGAUUGGCAUGAAUAGUAAGAGAAAAAUUAUGGUCAACGGUUCAAGUUUACGUCUCCCUUUGACACUCCCAGGUAUUACGAUUGUGAAACGAGGAAAGAAUGUUGUCCUUAGCACAGACUUUGGUCUGGAAGUGAGAUGGAAUCGCAAAGCGGGAUUAGAUGUCUCAGUGCCUCUACUUUACCGCAAUAACACCUGUGGGCUUGGAGGUAGCUGGGAUGGCAACUCAGAUAACGAUUUUGAAGAUUACGAAAGUGCGGAGAUGUUUGGAAACAGAUGGAAAAUAAAUGAUGAGGAAUGUCCUGGAGAGCCAGAGCCACCUGAACUCAACUGUUCAUCACUCAGUCUGGUAAUCGUCCGGGAUUUGUGCCAGGUUUUCUUCUUACGUGCAUUUGAAAGAUGUACAUCACUUGGUCUAGCACAGAUCUUCUAUGAUAGCUGUGUGUAUGAUCUGUGUGUAACAUUUCCUGAGACAACCGACUUGUGUACAACUACUGCAUUGUAUGCAGAUUUGUGUCAUGAAAAUGGUUUUGAUGUAGACCUGUGGAGAACCAGACAGUUUUGCCCACUGGAAUGUCCUGAACACUCAAGUUACACUCAGUGUGCCUCAGCCUGCCCAGGGACGUGUUUCCAACCUGAAGAUCCAGCUUGCCCUCAUAUAUGUGUUGAAGGUUGUGAAUGUGAUGAUGGCUUUCUUUACGAUGGAGAAGAAUGUGUACGGCAAGAAGAAUGCGGAUGUGAAGGACCUAUGUCUUAUUUAGAGCCUGGGGAAACGUAUGUCAGUUUGGACUGUGGACAGCGUUGUACAUGUAAUGGACAAAAUGAAACAGUCUGUGAGGAUGUUUCCUGUGCUGUCAAUGCAAUAUGUGAAGUACAAGAUGGAGAGCUUGGCUGUUACUGUAAUGAUGGUUUCUAUCAAUCUGAAGAGGAAUGUCUACCGGACCCAUGCGAUAGUGGUGAAGAGCAUUGCUCAGGGAAUGGUAAAUGUGUCAGUCAUGGUGACGGAACAUUCCAUUGUGAAUGCAACCAAGGCUGGUCUGGUGAAGCAUGUGAUGAUGGUAUUGGAGUCUGCACUGCAUAUGGUGAUCCACACUACUCGUCGUUCGAUAACAAGAAAUUUGACUUCCAAGGGAGAUGUCGUUACAUUCUAGCAGAGAGUGCUAAAAAAAGUACUCUACCUGGUUUCAAGGUCAUUGUGAAACAUUUCUCUCCUAGUUUCAACUCGAGGGUUACUUUUACUGAUGAAGUAACUGUCCAUGUGUCUGGUUUGGUGAUUGAGCUCCUUCAAGACAAGGAGGUUCGAGUGAAUGGUAUGGUUGUCAAUCCACCUGCUCACCCAGCACCGGAAGUGUCUAUCGAGAUCUCUGGCAAACGUGUGAUUGUUACAACAAAUUUCACUCUAGUUGUAGCAUGGGAUGGUGAAAAUUCUGUUGGAGUUAGCAUAUCAGCCAUGUACUUCAAUCAAACUCAGGGUCUGUGUGGUACAUACGAUGGAGACCAAACUACUGACUUCAAGACACCAGACGGUGAAAUUGUUGAUGGUGAGGGUGAGUUUGGUAACCGCUGGGUUUACGGUGAAUGUGACACAAUGGAACCUCCGGGUGGGUAUAAGCCAUGUGAAGAAGCUACAGAGGCUAAUGUAGAAAUGGCUGAACAUCUCUGUGAAAUCAUUAGCGAUGAGGAUGGUCCAUUUAGAGAUUGCCACAGUGUAUUAGGUUCAGAAACCUACUACACAAACUGCAGAUAUGAUCUUUGUAGUACCCUACCAGAAAGGGGAGCCCUGUGUGAUGAUGUUGCACAAUAUGCAGAUGAUUGCAGAGGAGCUGGGGUGUCUAUUGAUCCUUGGAGAACUGAAGAAUUCUGUCCAUUCCAAUGUCCAGAGGGUUCAUCUUACACACCGUGUGCAUCUGGAUGCCCAGAGACAUGCGAGUCUUUCAGAGAGGGGCCCCAAGAUAACUCUUCCGACCCAGAUAUCUGCAGACGACGUUGUGUGGAAGGUUGUGAUUGCGCAGAUGGUUUGGUGUUAGGUGGAGGACGGUGUGUAACACCAGAAGACUGUGGUUGUCGAUUGGGAGGCCGAUAUAUUGAACGUGGAGAACAUUUCAUCAAGGAUGGUUGCGAAGAGAGAUGUGAAUGUACGAAUGAUGGAGAAAUAGAAUGUGAAGAUAUUGAGUGUCACCGCAAUGCAGAAUGUGCAGUCAGUGAUGGUCAACUAAGUUGUCAUUGUCGACAGCCAUUGAUUGGUGAUGGCAUUGAAACUUGUGAUUUGAGCCCCUGUUUCAGUGAUCCAUGCGAAAACAACGGUACCUGCCUUGAACUUCAAGAUGGAGAAUACAUGUGUCAAUGUACUGAAUUGUUUAUGGGGGAACGCUGCUCAGUGCGUCGUGCUCUGUGCUACGUGUAUGGAAGUCUUCACUUCAUUACCUUUGAUCUACUGGUUUUUGCAUUUCAAGGGGAAUGUCAAUACACUCUGGCAAAAACAUGCCGUGAUGAUGUUGAACCAGCCUUUGAGGUCAUCCAAGAGAAUGUCCGCUUUACUGAAAAGUCAUCGGUCAUUAAGGCCAUUCAUGUCCAUAUUGGAGACAAGGUGAUAACUCUGGGUCGUGAAAAUCAAUGUUAUGUAGAUGGAGAGUGGAUGGCAUUGCCAAUCACACUGGAUGGAGUUCAAGUCAGGUUCAGUGGCUUCAACCUGGAAGUGAGAACUGAUUUUGGUUUGACAGUUACUUACGAUGGAUUGUAUUAUGCAGCAGUCUAUGUAGAUCCACAUUUCUCUAACAAACUGUGUGGUAUGUGUGGCAAUUAUGAUGGAGACCACUCUAAUGAUGCCAUGUCUGCCGCUGAAAUAGGCAACUCAUUUCUUUAUGGUGAUGGCUGUGCCCUCCCAGUGGAACCUGAAAUAGAUAGAGAUUAUAACCCAUGUGACAAGUUGGAACCAGAAAUGGUUGGUGAAGCCAGGGAGUUCUGCAAUGCUCUAUAUAAAGGACCACUGAAACCAUGUUCCAGAAUCCUCAAUACACGCUUUUUAUAUGAACUGUGCCUACAUGAUGCAUGUGAAUCAAGACUGAACAGACCACUGAUGUGUCUGCAUCCAUUCAUAUUUGUGACAGCCUGUAUAUCACUUGGCGGGGAUGCCCCAAUAUGGAGGACUAUUGACUAUUGUCCUGUUGAUUGUCAACAAGGGUCUAAAUUCAAUGUGCAGACCUCUGGGUGUCCGCAGACUUGCUCUGAACACAGAAGAGGAAUUACACCGCACUGUAACACAAGAAGAGUGGAAGCAUGUGAAUGUAAUGUUGGGCACUUCCUUAGUGGAGGAGAGUGUGUGCCUGCAGAAGAAUGUGGGUGUGUCUAUGAAGACACAUACUAUCAGCAAGGCCAUAUUUUUGUGAAAGAUGACUGCACUCAUGUAUGCGAAUGUAAUGAUGGUCGGGUAAAAUGUACACAGUUACAGUGUGAUGACAAUGCUGAAUGUGUUGUAGCUGAUGGAGUGCGUGCAUGUAAAUGCAGUGACGGUUUCAUUGGAAAUGGCAUAACAUGUGAAGCAUCUCUAUGUGGCAAUGUGACUUGUGAGAAUGAUGGCAAGUGUAUGUUGACGGGGAUGGACUCAUAUGUUUGCUCUUGUAAACAAGGAUAUUCAGGCGACCAUUGUGAACUUGAAACAAAGCAGUGUGGCGCCAGCGGAGAUCCCCACUACCAAACGUUCGACUCUGUUCGCUUUGACUUCCAAGGAGAAUGCCGAUAUUUUUUUGUACAAAACUGCAAAGACCAAGACCCCUACUUCGAUGUCAUGCAACAGAACCAGAAAGAUGUUGGGAAUCAGAAAGUUGCAUUUACUUCAGAAAUUUGGAUCCAUUUCUAUGACACGGAAAUUGUUUUGUAUAGAGAAAAGAGGACUACUGUCAAUGGACAGGAAAUCAUGCCACCAUUUAGUCAAGGAGAACUAUUUCAAAUCAACCUUAGGGGUGACAGAGUGAUUGUCACCACAAACUUCACUCUAGAGGUAUCAUGGGAUGGAAAAGCCAGCGUUAAUGCUCAACUCUCUACUCAGUUUGCUAAUGAAACGUGUGGUCUCUGUGGAAAUAUGGACGCCUCGGAAGAAAAUGAGUUAGCAUCACCUGGAAAUGAUGAGGAGGAUCCCAAUGUAUUUGGUAAUUUCUGGGUGGCUAACCCUGAAGAAUGUUCAUCCAUUGAACCUCCGGGUGAAAACGUAGAAUGUCCAGAUGAUGAGCAAGAGAAAUUCAGAUCGAUCUGUGAACCAUUGGUUGAUACAAGAGGACCAUUCAGAAGGUGUCCUGAUGACAUAACAGACAGUGCUUUUGAAAACUGUGUGUAUGACGGGUGUGCCCUUCGACCAGACACAACCACCAUCUGUGAAACAUUUGCAGACACAAUGAAACGUUGUCAGCGCAUUGGCAUUGAAAUUGACAAAUGGAGGAGAGAUGACUUCUGUCCAUACCAGUGCCCCCCUCAGUCUACCUAUAAGGUAUGUGCCAAUGUAUGCCAGAGACGUUGUGGUGAAGCGGAGCAUCCAGACAACUUUGAAUGUCCUCAUCCAUGUGAAGAAGGGUGUGAAUGUAAUGAGGACCAUGUAUUAGACAGUGAUGGCAACUGUAAACCAAUAGAAGAGUGUGGCUGUUUUGAUGACGGUUUUUACCAUCUGAGUGGAGUACCAUACAUGCGUGAAGGUUGUAUGGAACGUUGUACUUGUGAGAAUAGAGAGAUAAACUGUGAAGGAGUCAUGUGCCAUCAUAAUGCCUCAUGUGCCCUAGAAGAUGGAGACAUUGGAUGCCACUGUGAUGAGGGAUUCCUAGGAAAUGGAAUGGAGUGCAUGAAUGACCCUUGUGACCCUAACCCAUGUGAAAAUGACGGGCGAUGUUCUCCAACCCCAGAUAUGAUGUCUUAUAUGUGCACUUGCAUUGGGCGAUGGGCAGGGCAGAAUUGUGAUGAAGGUGUAGGUGAUUGCACACAGAGUGAGCAAAACUACCGUACAUUUGAUGGAAAGACAUACACCUUCUAUGGUGGUUGUUCAUACGUUUUACUCCAGCCAUGUUCGCAGAGUGAUGUGGAUUUCCGUGUCAUUGUUGAGAAGGAACCUGAUGAAGACAUCCCAAGGCUGUCCAAUACCAAAGCUGUCCAUGUUGAAAUCUUUGGCAAGGCAAUUAUUCUCAAGCAAGAUUUAGAAGUUGAAGUUGAUGGGCAGCUUGUUAACCUUCCUUACGCCUCUGGUACAGACUUUACUAUGGGGCAAUUUGGAAGCAUAAUGGUAUUGACAACCAACUUCGGCUUGGUAAUCGUAUGGGAUGGUAAAUUCUUUGUAGACAUCACACUACCUCUUUCCUAUGGAGGAACAACUUGUGGUUUGUGUGGCAAUUUCAAUGAGGAUCCUGAGGAUGACUUUGGUGAACACAACAAUGCAUACGAGUUUGCCGAGGACUGGAUUACUAAUGACGAAACAUGCGAUUCACCCUCGGAGCCAUUUGAACCUUGUGAAGAGAAACCUGAACUAGUUGCUGAAGCUGUGGAAAAAUGCUCAAUCAUCCUAGCACCGAACAUUGCCUGCCCUUCAGGUUGGAUUGCAAAAGAUGACAACGGUAUAAACAAAUGCUACUACAUCAAGACUCUAGAAGACCCUUUGACCUUUGCCUCUGCACAGCUUGAAUGUAGAAAGCUUGGUGGUGAGCUGCUUGAUGUUGAGAGUGAAGGAGAAGAUUCUUUCAUUGCGAAGAAUACUGGCGUGUCGUCUUAUUGGGUGUCUUGUAAUGAUCGAGAUGAAGAAGGACAAUGGAGAUGUCAUAAAUCUCUUGACGAUCAUUGGUAUCUCAAUACUACAGAGAAUGAAGGAUAUUGGCCAUGGGUUGAAGGUGAGCCCAACAAUGGAGGUUCUUCUUCCAUAGACUCUGACUGCAUUAAGGUUGAACCACCAAAUCAAUGGCAAGACGUUUCCUGUAGUGCAACAGUGCAAAAUCUUAUCUGUCAGUUGGUCCGACCUCCCAAAUUUCAAAAUGCAUUUGAAGCAUGUCAUGAGGUGCUACCACCAAGGCUGGUCUUUGAAUCCUGUAUCACUAGUCUUUGUGCAACGCUACCUGCUGAGGAACAUCUCUGUAGGUCUGUUGAGUUAUAUGCUGAUGAGUGUCGUCUUCAUGGGGUGGAUGUUAAGCCAUGGAGAUCCAGAGAUCUAUGCGCACUGGAGUGUCCUGAGCAUUCUUUCUACAGUCAAUGUGUGAGUCUCUGUCAACCAACAUGUGCACAACCAGACAGGACGUGUGAUAACCAAUGUGAACCUGGCUGCCAAUGUGAUGCAGGAUUGUUACAUCAAGGAAAUGAUUGUAUAUCACCAGAUCAAUGUGGAUGCUUCUUGGAAGACUCGGGCGAAUUCUUUCUGCCGGGUCGAUGGCGCAUAACAGAAAACUGCACUCAGAUAUGUACCUGCACACCGGGUGGGGAAUUUGAAUGUGAAGACAUCAAUUGUGUUGACAAUGCUACCUGUGUAUUCGAUGAUGUCUACAAAUGUGAAUGUUCAGAUGGUUUCUUCUUUAUGGAUGGUGAAUGCAGACCUGAUGCCUGUACAGAUAACCCAUGUGAACACGGCGGCCAAUGUGAAGCUAUCAAUACUGAAUCAUUCAAAUGUUGCUGUCCUUACGGCUACACAGGAGAUUUGUGUGAAAAGGAGGAUGCAUGGUGUAAAACCAGUGGAGCUCACGUCAUUCGCACAUUCAAAACAACCUUCUACUCUUACUACUCUGACUGUGUCAUGACGCUUGCUCAACAUUGCCCUGAAAAUGACGAUGUAGAACCCUUGUUCAAAAUCAUCAAGAAGAAUCACAAACAUGAUCUGAGAAAAGAGGCAUUUGAAGUGUCCUGGAUACGGAUUCACAUUCAUGAUCUGGUAAUUGAACUACAACCAGGCAAAGGUGUCACCGUGAAUGAAAUCUGGAAGAACUUGCCCAUAACAAACUAUGAUGGUGUUCAAAUCCAACAGUCUGGACUCAAUGUGGACCUGAAAUUUGAGUUUGGUUUGUGGAUCAACUGGAAUGGAUAUACAGACAUCUUAAUACAUGUCGAUGAAGAACUCAAAGAACAAGUAUGUGGCAUAUGUGGCCGCUAUGAUGACUAUGAUGAAAUGCACGACAAUGACUUUUUCACUAAUAAUGGAAACACGUCUGUAACUUAUGCAGAGUUUGUUAAUAGUUGGGCUGAGGAGGAUGAGGAGUGUAUGUUAGAUUCUGGAAGCAUCGUGGGAAGCAUCGUCUUCUCCAACUCUGAUCUUCUAGCUUCCUUCUGUCCUGAUAGAUCAGAUUCAGUGACAACUUCUUGCAUGGAUGAAAUCAGUGGUCUCUCAGGUCAAUGUGAUGAAGCAGUGGAGGUCAAUUACCAUCUUUUAACCUGUAUUUUUGACAAGUGUUUUAUUGGGGAUUAUGAAGGAGAAGGCUGUAGACGUAUUGCCAAUACUGUAGGUGCUUGUAGAUCAUACUGUGGGCGUCCAGAACCUUUCAGAACACCAGGAGCACAUUGUGAUGUACCUUGCCCGGGGAAUUCCACAUACAAUUUCUGCAUGAGUCCAUGUGUACCUACCUGUGACACCACAAUGGGAGGACCCCAAGAAGAGUGCACAAGAACUGAUUGUGUAGAGGGAUGUCAGUGCAAUGAAGGAUUUGUCUUGAGUGGUACAAAGUGUGUACCAAGAGAGGACUGUGGCUGUAGAGAUAUUGAACAUGAUGGUGCUUAUUACUUGAAUGGCGAGGAGUUCGUUCGCGAAGACUGUCAUGAGAAGUGUGAAUGUGUAGCUGGUCAGAUCAACUGUGAACCUCUAGAUUGCCACUGUGAUGCUACUUGUGGAAUUGUAGAUGACAAGUAUGGAUGCUAUUGUCUACUUCCAUAUCAUGGAGAUGGUCUCAUCUGUACAGUUGACCCCUGUAACAGCAACCCUUGUCUGAAUGAUGGGGAAUGUGUCACCUUGAAAACACCAGAGUUGUCCUUGUCGGAAACCAAGUUUGUUUGCAUAUGCAAGGCUCCAUGGACAGGCAUUCGUUGUGACAUUUCCCAGGCCGGUUGUUGCUCCCAUGGCAUUCCACAACACAUACAUAUCUUUGAUAAAGCAAUUUACAACUUCUUUGGCACCUGCUGGUAUCGUUUUGUAGAGCCCUGUCACUCGAAUGGUAACCCUUCAUUCCGUAUUCACAUCCGUAAUGAGUUGGUGCCUGACACACCUGGUCUGACUAAACUGAGUGAAAUACGCAUAGAGCUGGAAGGAACUUUGUUCAUAAAUAUGUAUGAAGGUAAACGAUUUACCUUUAAUGGUGCGGAAGCAAGUGCUCCACUUAUUAUACCAGGAAUUGGUAUCUUGACGUCAGGCUCCCAUCUGCUCCUGUCAACAGUUCUUGGUGUAACGAUUCGUUGGGACGGUGACAGUGAUCUGAAUGUUAAUGUACCUAAAAACAACUUCACUGGCCCAUUAUGCGGAUUGUGUGGAAAUGUGGAUGGAGAUCCUACCAACUUGUUAGAAGAAACACCUGAUGGACGCAGAGUGAGUAACUCAGUGGAGUUUGGCAACAGUUGGAUUGUUGAAGGAUCUGAAUGUCAAGACAUUGGAAAUGACUUCCAACAUGUUUGUAAUGGAGUCAUUGAACGAUCAGCAGCUGAGCUUAAGUGUGGAAUGAUAAGAGAUGAGUCAGGACCAUUUGCAGACUGCAUUAAACAUAUAAGUCCUGAUGGAUUUUUCAGUGACUGUGUGUAUGAUGUUUGUGCUACUAAUGAUCCAAACACAGUCUGUCGUCAUUUGAGUAUUUUGGAGGCACAUUGCUUAGAUUUCUCCUUUGAAAUUGGCUUCUGGAGAAGCCCAGAAAUAUGUGUUCCCCAGUGUCCACCUAGCUCUCACUUUAGACGACUUACCAAGCCUUGUCCUACAACCUGUUUGGAAGCCAUAGCUGAGGUCAGCAUUCCAUGUGGUUAUGCUGAUCAAGCUGGCUGUGAAUGUGCACCAGGUCAUUAUCGCAAUGGGAAUGAAUGUGUUCCUAAACACCAGUGUGGAUGUGUCUAUGAAGAGACACGCUAUGCUCAGCCAUAUGAAGAGUUUGUUACCAGUGAUUGUGGAAUGCACUGUACCUGCUACCCUGGUAACCGUGUGGAAUGUGAACCCCAACAAUGUCAUGAGAAUGCUUUCUGUGGUUUCUAUUUUGGUGGGUUUGGUUGUCAUUGUGAUCCUAGAUAUGAAGGAGAUGGAUUGAGAUGUGUAGCCAAUCCAUGUGCAAGAAGUCCUUGUAUGAAUGGUGGAGAAUGUGUCUUCGUUGAUGACCUCCAACACUUCUGUAUUUGUCCAUCACAGUUCUUUGGACCGAAUUGUGAAACAGUUUUGCAAAGCUGCUCUGUAGUGGGUGGCGUCCAUUACAAGACAUUCGAUGGCCUAACUUAUGACUAUAUGGGUUACUGUGAAGACACUCUGGUUACUACUUGUGACAUGGAUGAUGGUUUAAAUGUGGUCAAGAUCAAUCAGACCUCGGAUGGAGAAUACAAAUCAGCAAUCAGGGUCACCUCGGCAUCUCUACAUUCUACAACUAUUGAAUUGCGACAAGACAAAGUGAUCUACAUCAAUAAUGUGCAACAUCAACCACCGGUUAUAGGUUUUGCGUAUAAAAUCUACCUCAGUGGAUCCUGGCUGGUGCUAGUUUUGCCCCUUCCUGAUGUUCUUAUCCGAUGGGACGGUGUUCAACAAGUUGAGAUACAUGUAUCUGAUGCUUUAUCCAGCAGACUCUGUGGUCUGUGUGGAACAUUUGAUGGCAAUGCUGACAAUGACUUUGUCACACCAGCAGGUGAUUCGGCACCAAAUGCUCUAGACUUUGGUAACAGCUGGGAUUCAUGUGGUGAUACUGUAGACAUUGUCAAUCCAUGUGACACUGAUACACUUAAGAAAACUCAAGCUGACAAUGCUUGUAAUAUCUUCAGAGAUAGUACUGGUCUUCUCGGAGUUUGCUUUGGCACAAUACCACCUGAGCUUUACUACGAUCGAUGUGAAUAUGACCUGUGUAUGUCACUUCCUGACACUUCUGACCGUUGUACUCACAUCAGCGACUACGCACAGCUUUGCAUCGAGGCAGGAGUGCAGAUUGACCCUGCUUGGAGAGACCAAAUAAAUUGCCAUGUUGAAUGUCCAAGUCACUCUACAUACUCCUCGUGUAUCCAUGCCUGUCCACCGUCUUGUCUGUCUGAGAGGUUAUUCUUAGACCCUAGACAAUGUUGGCAGUAUUGUAAUGAUGGUUGUGUAUGUGAUGAAGGAUACGUACUCAGUGGGUAUAGAUGUGUACCAAGAGACCAAUGUGGAUGUCAACAACCAAGUAUCGAUGGAACAGGUUGGGAACACUUACCUGUUGGUCAAUCCAAACUGCUGCAAGACUGCAACAUGACGUCAUCUUGUAGUGCAGAUAAGGAAUUGACUUUUGAUAAUACUCCAUGCAGUUCGGACGCGCAAUGCUUGAUUGUUAAUGGAGCAACACAAUGUGUCUGCAAUGGAGAUCUUGUUGGCAAUGGUCAUGAGUGUUCUGAAAGUCCCUGCAUGGAAGAAACUUGCCAGAAUGGGGGCACCUGUAAAGUGCUUAGCCCAACAGAGUUUGACUGUAUCUGUCUUCGAGGAUGGAUCGGAGCGAAUUGUCAAGAUGAGGCCAAGCAAUGCAUGGUACACGGUGAUCCACAUUACAAAACCUUUGAUGAUGUGUUCUAUGAUUUCAUGGGAGGAUGUGCCUACUAUCUUGUGUCCAUCAUGGAGCUCUCGAUUGUCCAGAUCAAUCAACAAUUUGAAGGGACUGACUACACCACAAUGAAAGAACUCAUUGUUGUUUUUCAGAAUACGGAGGUGAGGUUGUUACAGAACAAGGUUGUGAUGGUUGAUGGAGAGACUGUCAUUCCACCCUAUCAUAGUGAAAUAUUGGACAUUACACUUGGUGGAAAUUAUAUUUUUGCAUCCUUAGCCUCUGGAUCUAUUUUCAUCAAAUGGAAUGGUGUAGACAGUGCCGAAAUUACCAUGGCCAGGAAUCCUGACGAGGAUUCCACUGGCUUGUGUGGCAAUUUCAAUGGAGAUAGUGCAGAUGAGUUCCAGAAUCCAUCCACAAAUAUUGAUCCUGUUCAUGUGUUUGGAGAUCGACACAAAUAUGAUACUGGUGUUGAAUGUUCUUUAACUACAAUGGAGCUCACCAACCCAUGCGAGAGCCUGUUUGAUACCGAAUUGGCUGACCGAUUAUGUGGACUGCUGAUUGACAAUACUGGUCCAUUCAAGGAUUGUACGAUAGAUUCGGAUGCAUUCUACACGGCCUGUAGGUAUGACGUCUGUGCUUCAAGUACUGUUGAUACCACACAUGCAUGUGGAGUCAUUGCUGCCUAUGCACAAGCUUGCCAUGAAAGUGGAUUUCCAAUUGGAGCCUGGAGAGAGCCUAAUCGAUGUGAACUAACAUGUCCAGAAAAUGCAGUAUACAGCCAAUGUGCUGAUCCAUGCCCUAAAUCCUGCAGAGAUAACACCAACCUUGUCAAUCAUUGUCCACUGCCAUGUGUGGAAGGUUGUACUUGUGACGAAGGUUUCUAUCAAGAUGAUGAUAAAUGUGUUUCACAUGAUAACUGUGGUUGCUUUUACGGUGAUAAUGAUAGCAACUAUGUACAGUUUAAUGAACACUUCUACAAAGACUCAUGCUCUGUGAAAUGUACCUGUACAGAGGCAUUUGGUGAAGUGGAAUGUGAACCUGUCACCUGUCAUGAAAAUGCCACAUGCCAAGAUGUGAACCAGUUGCAACAAUGUGUCUGUGAUGAAGGAUUUGUGGGUGAUGGGGAAACUUGCAUCUUUGUUGAAUGUGCUAACUCCCCAUGUGCUGAUGGAGCAGACUGUUUGAGACGGGAGAAUGAUAAUCCCACUUAUGUCUGUCAGUGUAAUAUCGAUGGUACUAUGGGCCUCGAUUGUGAUAUACCAGCAGUGUACAAUGAACGCAGCAUAUGCUUUGGUGCCGAGUGUAGCACAGGCUUGUGGAACUCUCCAGGUUAUCCUAAUAACUAUCCAAACUCCUUCAAGGGUUUCUACGUCAUCUGGGUACCUCAAGCUCGCUACAUCAACAUCACCUUCUCAGAAUCAUUUUCUAUUGAAAAGGAUCGUGAUGCCCUUUACGUUGGCCCAGGGUUCCAAUACCCAUUGAGUCUGAAUACAGGGCCAGUUUCAUCUCAACCAGGCGUUGUGUAUCAGUUGGAUGGAUAUAGCUCACCAGGACCUGUAUACAUUCUAGGAGAUGCUGCAUGGUUGUAUUUUUUUACUGAUGAUACAACUUCAGUCAAUGGCUGGCAGGCAGCUUGGGAAGCCGGAUUUGAGUUUCUUCAAGAUACACCAUUAUGUUGGGAUGGUUCUGAAACCAGAUUUUCUGGAAGCUCAUGGGAAUAUGGCAAAUGUGACCAAUGCAUCUGUGACCAAGGAACUAUCACCUGCACACUGGAAGCGACCAAACCCAUCGCAUGUGAAACAAACUCUGAUUGUCAUGAAUCUGCCAUGUGCCUACCAGCUGCAGAUACAAUCUGUGUAGUAGAACCCUGUGAAGGAUUCUUCUGUGAUAGAGGAACCAUUUUUACAGACUGUGAUGAAAAUCCUCUAUGUGCUGAAAUUGCUGUCUCUGCCAAUCCUGCUUCAAUGCCACAAGGUACCACGGUAACAGAGCUAUGUGACAACCUAUUGAAUAAUCUCAAUAUGGCAACUGAAGGAUGCGUCACAUUUGAAUGUGCUUUGAGUAACAGCAAUGGCCGUAAGAAAAGGGCAGCAUCUGAGGAUAUUGUUGUAGAUCUAUUCUUGGAAAUUGAUUCAAGUUCUGAUGGUGCAACACCAACCUCUGCCCCUGGUGAUCUUCAACCUGUUGAUGUUAUAGCUCUAUCACUGGUGGAGGAACUCAAGCUACAUAUAUCAGAUGGCUCAUUGUCUGUCAACAUCACUGAUAUUAUGUACACGGGUCCUAAAGCAAACACACAGGCUCCACCCACAACCACCGACAAAUCAGUCAAGAAAGAAAAAGUAGAGACUGUUGAUUCCACGAUGCCAAUCUCCUCCAUCAUGAUCAUCGCAGCAGGUUGCUCUGCCUUCACAAUCUUUGUUGUCAUUGUCAUGAUCACAACAUGGUGUCGUUUCCACAGACAUCGCACCGCCAAGAAAACCAUGACAUUUGAGCAUCCUUCAGAGGAAGCUCAUACCAAUGAGUUGUUUGAGAUGUCUCCUUCUUUUCAACAACGACCCUUUGCUCGUGCUGUUCCAUUAAAUGAUGGCACUGGCUUUGAUGGCAAUGUGUAUGGAUUAAAGUAUGAUACGGAAUCUUAGUUCAAUAAUAAGCAAGUUGUGUAUCUCUGAGUGUUAGACACAUCAUAUCAUUUAUACAAGUGUCUGUCACAUUAUUUUUCAGUAUAGUUAUAACUUCCCGAAUUACAGUAUGGAAUUAAAAGGGAUUUUUAAUAUUUACAAUCUUACUGAGUUCAAACUAUAUAAACAAUUAAUUACCAGUCAGUUUCCCUUUUGGUUUGAUAUCUGAAAAGAAAAGUGAUAUCCCCUUAAGGUGAUCCCUUUGCUACCGCUUCCCAGGUUGUACCGUAAACGUGGUUUGAUCCCUGGCUUCAUGGCAAAUAACGGUUGUAUGGCUUCUGACUGGCAUCCAUAAACAAAGAUAUUCUUUGGAAUUUAAUUAACAGCUCGGUUGGUAGAGUGCCGGCACAUUAAUCCGGAGGUUGUUGGUUCGAAUCCUGUACAAGUCAAUUUUUCUUUGUUGAACCGAAAAUUAAACCAACAUAAAUUAAUAACCAACAUAAAUUAAUAAAACCAAAUACUCAACUUGCUUAUGAACAACAUUUUAUUAUGUUAUGUUUGUAGGAUUGUCAACCCAAGUUGUUUAUUGUUUAUAUUUCUUAGUACAUCACCAGUUUCCAACAAACAAUGCCUUUUCAGAGAUUUAUGUCUGGUAAUUAAGAACAAACGUUUUAUUUAGUGUAGCUCAUGUUAUUAAUAUGUACUCGUUUAUCUUCCAAAACAAAAUUUCACACAUUCAUCUUCACUAUCACAGCAUGGAGUUCUAGUUUCCCUAAUUGGUAGAAAUUGGAUUUCUUUGAGGGUUAGAUGUCGUCAUGCUGUUUUUAGAAAGUUCUCAAUUAAAUGAUUUAAAUUCAUAUUAUUUGUAAGAAAUUGAAAUCUAUAUCAAUAUGUUUUUUAAUUGUUAAUUUAAACAAGUAGGAAAUUAAAAAUGAUAUCAAAAUUUUUACUUGUAUUUGGUGUGGGAUUAAUUAAUAAUUUAUGGAUAGAAUUACAGGAAUCAACAAUAAAUAAUUGUUUAGUGGGAUAAGUAAUUGACCGAAAAAAUUAUCAUGGUUAAACUGCAGUGUUUUACUUAUUCACUUCAAGUUAAUUUUUUUUACACGAGGUAGUUUAAUGGUAAAUUUUAUUCUUGUCAAGAUGUUUAAGUAGUUAAUACUGUGGAUCAAUCACUUUAAAAAAAAAAUUGUUUUUGUGAAUUUAAAUUUGUAAAGCUGUUUCUGUUUUCGAUAAUAAGUUAGCUUGAGUAAAUUAGCUUGCAUUAACCAUCAAUUAGACCCGUAUAUUGUGAUGUGGCAUAAAUAUGCAUCACUUCUUUGUCCUUUGUUUAAAAGUUGGUAUUUUUGGCAAA